CCCAAAGUUGCGAUCAAAAUGUCAGACUCCGACGUCGAAAUAAAGAAAAUAGCUCCAAUGAAACCCGUCAAAAAACCGCCGCCGAGCCCCACGGAAAGCCUACUAAAAGCUCACGAAAAAAAGGUUACCACAAAAGCUAUGAUCCACGAAGCUUUGACAGAACUUAAAUCCAGAAAAGGAGUCUCAAUUCAAGCCAUCAAGAAGUACAUGGAAGAUAAAUAUUACGUCCAAACGGAUAAAGUCAAGUAUCUCAUCAAAAAGACCUUGAAAAUUGGCGUGGAAGACGGCAGUAUUGUCCAGCUGAAAGGAAUAGGAGCGUCAGGGUCCUUCAAAUUAGCAGCAGUCAAAGAAAAACCAAAGAAACCGAAGACCAAGAAAGAAAAACCUAAAAAGGAAAGCACUAAAGAGAAAAGUAAAGAAAAACCAGCGAAGGAUAAAAAAGAGAAAGUUGUGAAAGAAAAAACGAAGACAGAUAAAAUGAAGCCGCCAAAGAAAGUCAAGAUGGACGUGAAAGAUAAGGAAAAGAAGACUGAAAAACCGAAAGAUAAGAAGAAAGCUGAAUUGAAGGAGAAGAAGACUAAAACUGCUGGGACAGCGAAGAAGAAAGCGUCUAUGAUGAAGAGGAAAAGUAUAGGGUCUAUCAUCAAACCGCCCAGGAUGAAGCCGAAAUCGAAAGCCUAAGGGCCCAUUUAGACGGUACGAGAACUCUCAUACGAGUUUAUUACAUUGCGGUAUUUGACGGCUGUGCAAAAGUGUACGUAACCUCAACAGCCCGCAAUGUAACUAAAAUCGCAUGCGAGUUCGCACGCCGUCUAAAUCAGGCAUAGAUUUAGCAUCUCAUAUGACUGAAGAAGGAAUGUUCUAGAAGUUAAACUUUCUAGAGAAAUUUGUGACAAAUUGACUUCAAUUUUGCUUCCAAGAAGAAUUGUGUAAAUAUAGUGCAAUGCGAAUGUAAAAGUUACUGAAUUUAUUGUGUAUUUUAGUGCAAUGCGACUUUGUAAAACGGGUUUAAUAUGUAAAAUAUGUACAGCGAAAUUGUUUUAUAUUUGAUUACUUUUAUAAUUAUGUAUAUUUAUAUUGUGUAAGCUGCUGUAGAAUUGCAAUGCGAACUAUUUUAUAAUGUGCAAUGCUAUUGUUAAUUUUAAUGUUGAUCAAUGCGAAUUUUAAAAUGUUGAUAAUUAUGGUCGUGUAAAUAAAAGAGAAUGAUGCAUAAAA